AUGAAUCUGACUCCGUGUUUGUCAAGUCCGGUAGCGGUGGUUAUUUCAAUUAUUUUCAUUUUCUCGUCCUCGGCUGUGGCGCUUGAAGAUUUCAAUGUGACCGAUGAUAAUUAUAUGACGGUGGAUAAUGGGAACGGCGAGACAGUGUUCAUAACAAGGGAUCUUAUGAGAAGGUUGAAGGAGGAAUCGGAGAUAUGGCACUGGAGACCGUGGCUGCGGACGAGGACCGAGAUGGUUGGGAACAUUAUUCAGGAGGUUGAACGAGUCAAUGGAGACUCGAUGAGAAGUUUUCCUGUGGGCGUUUUUGAUGAUGAUCAAUUGCGGCAAGGUGCAUUUAUAUGCUACGUGAUAUUUGGAAUUUACUCAUUUACUCUAUUAACCAUAGUAUGUAAUGAUUAUUUCAUUCCAUGCGUCGAACUGAUUUGCGAAAACUUAAAAAUACCACAGAACGUGGCUGCAGCUACUUUCAUGUCAGUAGCGACCUCGUGUCCAGAGUUCUUUGUGAAUGUCAUUUCAACAUUUUUAACGAAAUCCGAUAUGGGCAUCGGAACUAUUGUGGGUUCAGCUAUAUUUAACCUCCUUGGUGUGGGAGCCAUCGGUAGUUUAGCAGCUAUUGCGCCUAUCGCAAUCGAACGCUAUCCUGUUACGAGAGAUGUCAUAAUUUAUAUGAUUAACGUCUCAGUAUUGGUCGCCAUUGUCUGGGAUGGUCAGAUUGUAUGGUAUGAAGCUAUGGUGUUGGGAAUCCUCUAUGUAUUCUAUUUCAUCUUCAUGUUCAACAGUAUAAGGGUUAAGUCAGCACUUGACAAGCUCUUUGCCUGCUGCUGCAAACGGAAUUCCAGAUAUACAAUUUCCGAGAAAGUUGCCGAAGACGGGGUUACCAACAAAGCAUAUGUGAACUCACAAAUGCAAAUAAAUAAUGUCAAUAUUGUCAAUGAUGAAAAGGCUGCCGUUGAAAAAGAGAUAGAAAAUGAAAAACCGAAGAAAAGUAUUUUUCGUUUUCCUAAAGAAAAAGGUAUUGUCUAUAAGAUAUGGUGGGUGUACACUUGGCCUAUAAGGAUAAUUCUGGGCCUGACGAUCCCAUCCCCGGUGUCAUGCAAGCGUUACUAUCUCCUCACUUUCAUUAUGUGCAUUGUUUGGAUUGGCGUAAACUCUUACUUUGUGUCAUGGAGUAUGACUGUUUUGGGUAACACAUUUUUAAUUCCUGAGUCGGUGAUGGGAAUGACUUUCCUGGCUUUCGGCGGCUGCUUGCCUGAAGCAUGCUCUAUAUUUAUAAUGUCGAGAAGAGGUGAAGGAGGAAUCGGUGUUUCCAAUGCCUUAGGAGCGAAUUCUUUAUCCAUUUUAUUUGCUCUCGGUCUUCCUUGGAUCAUUAGAACCUUUACUCUUCUUGCUCAGGGAGCAGACACGGCAGUUUACAUCAACUCAUCAGGGAUAGAUUUCGUGGUCGGUUCCUUAUUAGCCGCCGCUGUACUGCUAUGGAUCACUUUAUUUAUUGGAAAGUUCAAACUACGAAGAUGUGUUGGAGUCGUGUUACUCGGCCUGUACGCACUUUUCAUAACAUUCGCUAUUUUAGUUGAAAUGGGCAUAAUUGCUGGCUUUUCAGAUUUCACCUCGUAG